AUGGCCAAAAGUUUACAAAAGGUUCACAAGCAAAUCUCCAAGAAACGAGGCGUAGUCGAUGCCCUCCAUGAGAACAGCAGAGAUGCGAGGAGAUUGCGGCGUGCAGGUGCAAGGGAUGACAAACUUGCCCGAGUUGCUUCAGUUACAGCGAAAGCAAGGCAGUCAUAUGUGGACCGCGUUGCUUUCUUCCAGGAGAAUACGAAAGACAUAUCAAGCUCACUAACAGAUAGUGAAUUGGCGGAAAUAGUGAAUAAAUUUAUCAACAGAAGCGUUCCGGAAAUUGAGCAACUACGACAAGAGCGACGGAAAGGUCGACCUCCGAGCAAAAGGGAAGAAGCAUUAUCACAGCGGACGGAUAUGGAGAAUAAGGAAUUCAAGACGGGGUUUUGGGCACCCGAUUUGACCCAGGAGGAGGUGCUGAAGAACCUGGCCCUGUGGAAUGGCGACUGGUCGAGUCUCAGCAGGAUCAAAUUCAUCCGGUUGACAACUGAUGGUACGAAGCACCCUUCUAAUUUUCCUCCUAAGGGACUUUCAUGA